AUGCCUCUUCCACUGCGAGCCCUAGGCCGAGAUGGGCCCCAAGUCCCUGCCGUUGGACUUGGAUUCGGGAGCAUUGGCGGAUUCUACGGACCACCUGGGACUCUCGAUGAGAGACUAUCUCUUUUGGAUCAUGCGUAUGCCGCUGGACUGCGUUUUUGGGACAUGGCCGACAUCUACGGCGACAGCGAGGAUGUCGUUGGCGAAUGGGUGAAGCGGUCUGGCAAGCGCGAUGAUGUUAUUCUUACCACCAAAUUCGGCCUUCAGCGCCAGCCUGAUGGAAAGCACUCCUUUCGCUCUGACCCCGAGUAUGUCAGGGCUGCAUGUGAAAAGAGUCUCCAGCGACUUGGGAUGGAUGCCAUUGAUCUCUACUACUGUCAUCGGGUGGAUGGGGUCACGCCCAUUGAAAAGACUAUCCAAGCUAUGGUGGAGCUGAAGAAACAAGGAAAAAUUCGGUAUCUAGGUCUGUCAGAAGUCUCAGCUUCCACGCUACGUCGGGCGCACGCCGUCCACCCCAUCGCCGCUAUACAGAUGGAAUACAGUCUAUUUACACUGGACAUUGAAUCGUCGACCUCGGAGGUGCUGAAAACCUGCCGCGAGCUGGGCGUUACUGUCGUGGCCUACAGUCCCAUCGGACGCGGUGUUCUGACUGGCCAGUUCCAAUCUCACGCAGACAUUCCUGAAAGGGACUUGCGCCGCAUGUUGCCCAAAUACUCCGAGGAGAAUUUCCCCAGCAUCAUGGAGCUGGUGCAGACAUUGAAAGAUGUGGCCACUGUCCAUGGAAGCACUCCGGCACAAGUUGCUCUUGCAUGGCUACUGGCGCAAGGACAGGACAUUAUCCCCAUUCCGGGUACGAAGUCGACCGCCAAAAUGGAUGAGAAUGCUGCCUCUGCGCGUCUUCAGUUGAGCGAAGAAGAAGUACAAAAGAUCCGGACUAUGACGGAGCGAACGGAAAUCAAAGGUAGUCGGUACUCUGCCGCGGUUAUGGCCACCCUCUCUGCAGAGACCCCUCCACUGCAGGAGGACGAGAACUAA